AUGUGGAAUGCAACAGGUCCCGACUCGAAUCGAAAUGCUCCUCCGGGGGUUGUCCCUGAUUACAACCACCCGGAGGAUGUAUACUGGACGCUCAAUAUCGUUUUGACUGUCAUUUGUGUAUUUUUUGUUACAGCUUUCUUUCUUUGGUUCUAUGCCAGUACCGUUGUGUAUAUCCCCGCCUCCUUCUUCACCAAAGCGACCAUCCUCCUCCUCAUGGCACGAGUCUUUGCCGUCGAACCACGAGUCUCCAAGGGAAUCCGAAUAUUCAUCUGGGCAUUACUAGUCGCAUACAUCCCGAUCCAGAUUUUGCGAAUCGUCAAUUGUUAUCCUAUCCGAACAUAUUGGGAUCCGAAAGUCCACAACGCCCAUUGCCUCAACCAGCGAAAGAUAUUCUUUUCGGAUUUAUCGCUAUCAAUCGUUACCGAUCUCUUAAUUCUUCUCGUACCGAUACCGUUGACAUGCCAACUUAAUUUGUCUGUCGGGAAGAGAAUCAAGAUUGUGUUGCUUCUGGGAGCUGGAGGGAUUGCGACAGCUCUGACAGUCUUCCGAGUGGCGAAAGCGGUUGACUUUCUCAACUCUGACGACAUUACUGUGGAUUAUACUCCAAUUGCCAUUCUAACGAAUCUUGAAAUCACCAUUGGAUUCGUUUGCGCCUGUUUACCUUCACUCAAUUUGUUAAUUGAACAUCAUAUUCGAAAACGAAGACGACAACGACAAACCCAAACCGACGGCCGUGAUCGAUCACGAGCUUCCAUGAUUAAAAGACAUUUCAGAUGGAUGAGUUCUACCACACAUACACCCCCACAACCAUCUCGCCCUACGAAUCAACCUUCAGAUGGAAUGAUUGAUCUGGAUGUGGAAAUGGCCAUGUUAACAGGUCAACCUGUACGAUUACGAUCAGAGAGAUUGAGUAGUACCGAGUCUCUAGGACUUCGACCACUCGACCAUCGACCUAAUUCGGGAGACGGAAGACGGGAGGGAUGGUUAUCCCAAGAUCAGGACGACCAAGACGAGUUGCAGGAUAGUAAGUUUAUCAUGAAGAUGGUGCAAGAUUCGAGAGCUAGGGCGGAAGAAGGAGCGAAGGAAUCUUGGUGUCCAGUCUGGGACGGACCUAGAGAUCCUUUGGCAAGUCAUGGGAGUUGGAAGUAUAGCAUACGGACGCAUUGA